UUGCUGUGGCCAGCUUACCAACCAGCAUAUCCCCCCUCUGCCAAGUAUAACAUCCAGCAAAAAUGAAGAGGAAAGUAAACAAGUGGAGACUCAGCCCGAAAAAUGGUCUGUCAGCAAACACACCCAGAGCUACCCAACAGAUUCCUAUGGAACUCUUGAAUUCCAGGGUGGCGGAUACUCUAAUAAAGCCAUGUAUAUCAGAGUAUCCUAUGACACCAAGCCAGAUUCACUGCUGCAUCUUAUGGUGAAAGACUGGCAGCUGGAACUUCCCAAGCUCUUAAUAUCUGUGCACGGAGGCCUCCAGAACUUUGAGAUGCAACCCAAGCUGAAACAGGUCUUUGGGAGAGGUCUGAUCAAGGCUGCCAUGACCACUGGAGCCUGGAUCUUCACUGGGGGUGUCAGUACCGGUGUUAUCAGCCACGUAGGGGAUGCCUUAAAAGACCACUCCUCCAAGUCCAGAGGCCGGGUUUGUGCUAUAGGAAUUGCUCCAUGGGGCAUCGUGGAAAAUAAGGAAGACCUGGUUGGAAAGGAUGUAACGAGAGUGUACCAGACCAUGUCCAACCCCCUGAGCAAGCUCUCAUUGCUCAACAACUCGCACACUCACUUCAUCCUGGCUGACAACGGUACCCUGGGCAAAUACGGUGCUGAGGUGAAGCUGCGGAGGCAGCUGGAAAAGCACAUCUCUCUGCAGAAGAUUAACACAAGACUGGGGCAGGGUGUGCCCCUCGUGGGUCUGGUGGUGGAAGGAGGCCCUAACGUGGUUUCCAUUGUCUUGGAAUAUCUCCGAGAAGACCCUCCGGUCCCCGUGGUGGUUUGUGAUGGCAGUGGACGAGCCUCGGACAUUCUGUCUUUUGCACACAAGUACUGUGAAGAAGGAGGGUAGGAUUUCUGAUGUGCUACAGAGGGUGGGGUAAUAAAUGAAUCCCUCAAGGAUCAGCUUCUAGUUACCAUUCAGAAAACAUUUAAUUACAACAAGACCCAAUCGCAUCAGCUGUUUGCAAUUAUAAUGGAGUGCAUGAAAAAGAAAGAACUCGUCACCGUGUUUAGGAUGGGUGCCGAGGGUCAGCAAGACAUCGAGAUGGCAAUUUUAACUGCCCUGUUGAAAGGAACAAACGCAUCGGCCCCAGACCAGCUGAGCUUGGCACUGGCUUGGAACCGCGUCGACAUAGCACGAAGCCAGAUCUUUGUCUUUGGGCCCCACUGGCCGGUGAAAAUAAGUGUUUUUCAUGUUAUACCAUUUACCAUGACCUUGUACAGAUGAUAUAUUAGUAUGUUCUCCCUCAUGACACAGAUCUUAGGAAAUUAUCUGGGGUUUCUGAUGAUCCCAUGUAUAAUCAUUAGGAUCAUUAGGAGCUGUUGCUGUUUAACUUCAAAGAACCAGCAAGAAGAGCUACUAGCAGUAGUUACAGAUUCAAAUCAGUGCUCUUGAAGAGAUAAACAGUAAAUAUUUUAUCUUCGCUGGUGAAAAGCGGGGCUUACCCUUUUCAAGAAAAAGAAGAAAGAAGAUAGCCCAUUAAAAUU